AUGAAAAGUUUAAAUUAUCGAUUACCUCAUUCGAGAUAAGAUUCUGGAUAAAUGAACUUAACAAGAUCUUAAUUGGGGCAGGCUUAGUUGGUGACGAAUGUGUUAAAUAAGUAAGAAAGGGUUGUGAAUAUUAAGCCGAUAGAAUGAAUAAAAUAUGGAUAGAUCUCCAGCACCAAUAGUACACGGUUUACAUAAAUUGGCAGUACCUUCAAGUUAGCAAUCAUCAGCAAACCAUUCAAAGAAAUCAUCGAUUUCAAAAUAGCAAUAGCCUAAAUAGAUAUCAUUUCUUAACUACUUAAUUCUGAAGGAUAAACCUCAAAUGGUUUAAGAUGAAGAGAAAGAAAGUUGAAUAUAAAAUAUGAAAUUAGACAUAAUUGAACCUGUAGUUUAAAAGAAUAUGUUCAACUUUUAAUUUGUGAUUGGAAUAGGUGGAUUUGGAAAGGUUUGGAAGGUUGAAUACAAAAAAAAUGGAUAAAUAUACGCUAUGAAAGAGAUGUCAAAAGCACUGUAUUGAUUACUUCAUAAUAAUUAAGUAUAAUAGCCAAAAAAAGCGUGAAUUCUGUAAUGAAUGAGAGAAACAUCUUGAGUAAUCUUAAGCAUCCGUAAAUAGUGAAUUAAAUAUAGAUUUUUAGUGAAUAUCUAUUAUGCAUUCUAAGACCGAGAGAACUUAUUCCUUGUUCUAGAUUACAUGUAAGGAGGAGAUUUGAGAUAUCAUGUAGGUAAAAUGAGAAGAUUUACAGAGGAUUAGACAAGUAUAUAUAUAGAUAAUAAGCAGGAUUCUUUAUGGCUUGUAUUUUUUUAGGAUUAGAAUAUAUGCAUUCUAAGAAUAGUAUUCAUAGAGAUAUUAAACCAGAGAAUUUAGUACUUGAUAAAUAUGGUAGAAUGAAUAUUUAUAUUUUUAUAGGUUAUGUCAGAAUUACAGAUUUGGGAAUAGCUAGAAAUCUUAGACCUGAUAAUUCUUAAGAUACUUCAGGUACUCCUGGUUAUAUGGGUAUGUAAAAAAAAUAAAGUUUUUUAGCACCAGAAGUUAUGUGUAGAUAAAAUCAUUCUUUUGCUGUAGAUUAUUUUGCCUUAGGAGUUAUAGGAUAUGAAUUUAUGUUAGGAAAAGUAAUUCUAUUAUUAAAAUUCUUAGAGACCAUAUACAGGUAGAUCAAGAAAGGAAAUUAGGGAUCAAAUUUUAGCUAAAUAGGUUUAAAUUAAAAGAUCAGAAAUACCUGAUAAUUGGUCAUUAGAAUCAGCAGAUUUUAUUAAUAGAGUAUAUUUACUAUUAAUUAUAAUCUAGUUAAUACAAAGAAAACCUGCUAAUAGAUUAGGUUUUAAUGGACCUCAAGAAUUAAGAUAACAUUCAUGGUUCAAAAAUUUUCCAUGGUAAAAAUUAAUGAAUAAAGAAUUAAAAUCACCUUAUGUUCCUAAUGUAUAAAAAUUAUAUUUAUUUUUAGCAAAAUGAAGAUAAUUUUGAUGCUCGUUAAAUAUCUAUUGAAGAUGAAGAAAAUAAUGAAUUAAUUUAAUAAAAUUCUAUCAUGUUAAGAAGAAAUUCAAUCUAAUGUAAAUUAUAUUAAUUAUAGAUAUAUAGCUUAAUUUUCAGGUUAUGAGAUGGAUAAUUUUAGUGAAAAAUAAAAUACAUAGUUUAAUAAUUUUUGA